AUGGCUUCUUAUUCUACUCCCCCGAACGAGAAGGCUGAGGUCUUUGAGGCCGAAGCUGCUGGUAGACGACAGGUCGGUCGUAUCGAUGCCAUGGCUACGGCACCUGGUACUACCCUCGAGUCGUUUUCUCAUCUUGAUGAGAAGAAGAUUCUUCGCAAGAUGGACAUGCGAUUGAUCCCUAUGCUCGCACUUCUUUACCUUCUCUCCUUUCUCGACCGAGGAAAUAUCGGAAACGCAAAGAUCGAGGGUCUUCAGGAAGAUCUCAAAAUGAGCCCAGACCAAUACAACUGGUGUCUCACCGUCUUCUUCUUCACAUACGCCGCCUUCGAAGUCCCGUCGAAUCUCCUCCUCAAGAAACUCCGCCCAAGCGUUUGGCUCCCUACAAUCAUGAUUGCUUGGGGUAUUGUGAUGACACUCAUGGGAAUUGUUCAGAACUACCAUGGUCUUCUUAUCGCGCGCAUCUUUCUUGGUGUCACUGAGGCCGGCCUCUUCCCUGGUGUCGCUGCCCUCUUCUUCUCUGCCGCUUCCAUCGCCGGUGCAUUCAGCGGUCUUUUGGCCUUUGGCAUCGCAAAGAUGGACGGUGUUGGUGGCCUUGAAGGAUGGCGAUGGAUCUUCAUUCUCGAGGGAAUAGUUACCGUUCUUGUUGCCAUCUUUGCCUUCUGGGCACUUUACGACUUCCCCGAAACUGCAAGCUUCUUAACCGAAGAAGAGCGCGCUUUCGUCGUGUUCAGACUCAAGUAUCAAGGCCAGCAAAAAGCUGCGGGACAGAGUCAGUCUCGGGUUGCGCAGGCUGAUGAGUUCAAGUGGGAGUAUGUCUGGGCAGCGUUUAAGGACUGGCAGAUUUGGGUCAACAUCUUUGUUUACUGGGGUAUUGUCUGCCCACUCUACGGCAUCAGCCUUUUCUUGCCUACCAUCAUUCGAAACCUUGGCUACAGCUCUAGCAAGGCCCAGCUUAUGACUGUUCCUAUUUACAUCACUGCAGCUAUCCUAGCUGUGAUUGUCGCUUGGACAUCAGACCGAGUUGGCAAAAGAAGUCCAUUCAUCGUGUGUAUUUCUACCCACAACCCCAAGGUCGUGUACGCUGGUGUCUUCAUCGCAGCCUGCGCCAUCUAUCCAGCGUUCCCAGGAGUUAUCACUUGGUUGGCCAACAAUCUGUCAGGAAGUUACAAACGCAGCGUUGGAAUGGCCAUUCAGAUUGGAGUUGGAAAUCUCGGCGGUGCCAUGGCGUCAAACUUUUACCGACAAAAGGAUGGGCCUCGUUACAUUUUAGGUCACGCCCUGGAACUGGGUUUCAUUGGCGGGGGGAUAAUUGCGGCUCUUAUCUUGAUCUUCAGUUACAACCGCAUCAACAAGAGCCGCGACAGGAGAAUGGCAGCUGGUGAACACGAGACGAUCUCUGAGGAGGAACUCUCCGCCAAGGGAGAUAAGGCUGUAACCUGGCGAUAUAUGCACUGA